GCUUAUCAGCACACACGUAGCAAAAAUAAAUUUGAUUCUUUAUAAGGACAAUAGAUUCACGCAGUUAAACUAGAGUACUCGAGAAACGGAUAUGGCGAAGUCGGUGAAGAAGGACCUAAAUCGCGCUCUCAGCAGUCACACUCUCGCCAUUAAUGAAAUCCUCAAGAUUUUGGAUGAGCCCGCUUUUUCUCUGCAGCGUGUCAAGUGGGAAGAAGUCAUCAAAUUAGGGGACCAAAUUUCAAAGCAGGCAACUGUCGCUGGGAUGCUUUGGAGUGGAGAGGAGCCCAAAGUUGGGGAGUUGUUGGAUAAUAUGAGACUUUACUGUGACAUGCUCCAAGGUUUCCUUUUACUUUGCCAUGGGAGCAUGGUUGGUGCUGGACCUACUCUUUGUGCUUGUAUUCGGACAUCAGCAAAGCAAGUUGCAGAUUCCAGCUUAUCCUUACUCAGACAAGCUGUUUCAUGUUAUAAGCUCUUCAAUAUCACAACUAGGCUGCUGAGCCAAAGCUCAAAAUCUUAUUUGCUAUUACACAAGAUGAUCUUCGAAUCAACCUCACAUGUAAUUGAGGGCCCAUUUAUAUCGUCACAAAAUGAGGACCUGAAAACCCUGAUGCCUAAGCUCACUGGUGUGGUAUGGGAGGCAUGUGCUGCCCUAAAGAGGACCCCCACCAACAACACCACUGCAGUUGGGAGGGGGAUAACACGAGUUGCUGCCUCCAUCAAAGAUGUACUUCGCGAGAUGGGAGAACUGAAGCCUGCAGCUGGUUGCAGCCUUGAUGGGUCCCAUGAAAAAGGAGAAGGUGAGGACCACAAUGGUGAUAGCUGUGCACAGGAUGGGUCCCCCAAUGAUGGGAAUAGUGGGGUAAGUGGGGCCCAUUUAGACAUCGAAGACUCGAGCGUGAUUGGUGAUGAUCUAGGGGAUGACCUAUCAAAUGAGGAGAUGAUGGUCGCAAAGUUGGUUACUGUUGUGCUAUCAGAUACCCUACUUGUUUUCAAGGAGCUCCUUCGCUUUAUCUCUGGGCUCUCAAGGCAAUCUUGCAAUGGGUGCGAGGGUCAAGUGGAUCAUUUGGAGAGAAUACUUGAAAUAUGUCAAGGCGUUGGAGUUCAGGUCGAUGAGCUUGGGGCGAGUGUCUACCCUCCCCAAGAGGCUUCGUCCAGUAUGGCAGCCUCGAUAAAAAUAGUGGGGGGCAUGGCGGGCAUUGAGGCUGAGUUGCAGAGACUUGGGGGUGCACAUGAGGGUUUGCACGUGGCCUGUGAGAAAUUGAAGAUUUCAUUGAGGAAAUUGGAGUCUGAAUUGGGUCCUUUAACAAUGGAUUUGAGUAAUGGAUUCUGAGAUCUUUCAAUGUGAAGUUUAAUAAAGACCUAUAUGUUGUGUAUAUUUUGGUUGGAUAAGUUAUGCAAAUUUUCAACUCGUAACCAAAAUUGCGAACUUACCAUAAGGUCAUGGUUGCCCAACACUGCAAAUCUGUUGUCCAAAGAUCAUAGUUGGCUCUAAAUUGUGUUUUUCUAAUCCGAGGCCACUUACUCAGAUGCUUAUUAUGAUGGAUAUUUCUAUAAAGGUACAAAUUACCGAACAAGAUUUGAGCUAUGUAUUGACUGGGUUCUUAGUUAUUUUUGGUUAAACCACAUAUGGCAGGAUAUUGCAGAUAGGCUCUUAGAGACACUUGGAAGCUUCCCUCAAGUCUGUUGAACAAUGUUGGUGCGGAUUAUGAAUUUGUCCUUGCUUGUGUUUGGGACCGCACUUUGGAUGCUAUUUCAAGGUACAUGUUGUAUUGAAUGUGUGUGGCCCUUUGAUUGAGCAGAAUGGUAGAAUUAGGAUUUGUGUAGCCAACUUUAAGCAGUUGGUAGUUGUAUUGAUUGUGUAAAGUGGCAAGACUUUUUUUAGUCUUAUUGAAAAAGGAUUUUUUUUUUUUU